GGUACUCUCCCGAAUCGACUCGAUACGCAUCCCCUUCCCUCCUCCUUCCUCUGAUCUACCGCAUCGCGCCGCCGACGCCGACGCCGACGCCUCCAUUGCGGCAGACUCUUUCUCAGACACUUGACGGAACUGCAUUUGCUGUCGCUUCUUUCGCGCUCAUGGAUUCUGGAGGUUGCAAUAAACUGUGCGACAAAGCCAAGGACUCGUGUCUUAGAUCUUCGCAGAAACUGAACGAGAACAUUAUUGUAAUGGGAAUCAACAAGGAUGUUCCUGAGCUGCCAGAGGCUGCUGAUUGCAACGGUUCUCUAGUGCCUAUAACUCCUGAUGUAGACAGAGAAAAUGGGGAUUUUCGCAUUGAUCUUCAAUCCCCUCUCACGGUGAUCAAGAAACCAUUUAAAUUAUCUGAUAUUGAUUCUAACUGCAAAGAAAAUGGCUGUAAGGUUACUCUUGUUGAUAAUGGUAGCCCUAAAACCCCUGAGGAUGGUGUUUUCGAUCCCUUUGCUCCUGGGCCUGAAAUCAUGGCACGUGCACCGCUGUGCAAAAAGUAUGCUAACGAUUUAAGGAGCUGCGUAGCUCGACGACUCAACUUUAACCCAUCUGCUGAUGCUGUUCAGCACAAGAGUUUUGGCUAUGAUGAAGAAUCUCUUUCAGAUCAAGAGAUGUUUGAAUCAGUGUAUGAGAAUCUCUUGGAAGCUAUUUUAUCAACGCAGGCUGAGUCAAUUCUUGCUGAAAUACCUGAUGUAGCAUAUGAUCCAGAAGAUUGUAAAACACCUCCUUCAGCAAUCAGGCUCAAUGGAAUUGCUGAUACUUGCCCUGGUGCACCUGUGAAACCAGGGAAUAAACAGAGGAUCAUUCCCGUUGGGCUACGCAGGAAGCUUGAAUUUUGAUUCAAGGGAGUCUGAUUGAUUUAUAUAAACAAAGAAAAUGGCAGCUCAAACUGUGGUGAUUAAAUUUUGAGCGGCAGGCAGAUUUUGAAAUAGCUGAUGUUACGUGUAUCUGAGUUAUGAUUCGACAUUGUAUUUUUACAUGGAAAAACUGAAACUGACCAAGGUGAUAGUGUAGUUGUAGCGGUAACGUUGUAUAGUUAAUCCUCAACGUUAGUAUUUUAACAUUGAAAUUUUUCCCUGACAUUUCUCUUAGUAGAUGAGUUGUUGAGCUAUCUAAUAUGUUUUUCCCUUUGCUUUUCUUUUGCAUAAACUCUUUAACCAGGUUACCCAUGUUAUUUAUGUUGAUUGGUACUUUUCAAGGGUUGUAUUUUCCCUCCUGUUUGUCCAUUUUCCAUAUACAUGUAGUUUAUCAGAAUUUCUAAGUCGAGAUGUGCCUAUUUGUUGUGAUCCAGUGAAGAAUUUUUCGGACGACAGAA